UUUCCGCUUGUGAUUUCCAUUUUGAAUGAUGUAGCGUUCUUUACAAUACAGCCCGAGGCCAGUGUACAUGUAUUAAAAUAUGAUUCAUUUGAACCGAGGAAGGCCUACGUACGUAACACCACACUUCACUUACCAACCAAAUAAAUCAGUGAUAACACAAUGAAAACAGGAAUAAAGUUAAAAACAGAAAAAUCACAAUGAACUGUCCGGAUAACCAUUGUUGUAAAGGUGGAUGCUAUCAAUAUUGUAGGAAGGGGGUAUGUACAGGAAAUGAAAGGUAUAAUUCUAAUUGUGGAUUUCCCUUGAGAAAUGUGGACUGUAUAGAUGACGUUCAUUAUUCUAUGCCAUCUUGCGAACAUAAUGGUGCCGAAAUCGACCAAAAUGGAAUACUCUUCGUCAGACCCGGAUGUAAAGCUACUUUCAAAAUAUGUUCUGGCCCAGCUUAUCAGCCAAGAGAUUUCCCAGCUGUCCCAAAUUUUUGGGAACCUUUUCCCGUGUCUAAAAGCACACUUGCUCCACCGACUUCCACUUUUAACAAUUCAAUAAAUAAUAAAGGCCAUAUAAUUAAACCAGCCAACAAUCAUACUAGUAAAGCAACACAGGAGAACAGUCAAAAUACUGGGAAUUCACUCCACACAAAACCCACAAUCGAUAUGUCUGACAAUGGAGUUGUUAUGGAGGACUUAGUUAUAGGUAUUGGUAUUGGAGCAGUGUUUGCUGUUAUCAUCGUACUUGUAGUUAUAUUAUGCUGGAAAUAUUAUCUAAAAAGACAGAAAAGGAAUAUGGCCGAAAGUAAUCAAGAAGUAGCGAUACCAGUAUCUAAUCAGACAGACAACCCAUUAUAUUCUAUAGACGUGCCAAAUGCAAUCGAUAGGAGUAGUUCUCGAAGUGAUCAUCGUUAUGAUGAAAUUUUGUCAAGUCCAGAACCUGAUGCUCUAUCCAGGACAUUUAGUGAACCAAAAUAUGAAAGUAUUAAAUCAAGAAACUUUUACAACGGAAACAAUACGCCUGGUAACAGACGAGUAUCUGAUCAGAGUAGCUUGUAUCAGACAUUUGCAGACACUGCUUCCACUAAACGGAAGGUCGAACAAGCAGGAAGUGACAUUGUUUACAACACAUAUUUUCGAGAUAGUGCUAUAAGUAACACGAUGUCAACGUCUUCGUCCCACAAGUAUUUUAUUUUAGAUCCAGACGAACUUACACAACCAGACACACAUGUUCCACAAAUGAAGGAAAUAAAAGAAAACGACGAAGUUUCGAAACCUGAUGAGACAUAUUUUGUACUGGAGAAAACAUCUGAACAAUAAAAUGUUAAAUAUCAUAGCUUACAAUGUAGUUAAUAUUAUCUCUUCCAGAUUGAUAAAAUAAAAUAAAACGCCUCUCUA